GUGUGUCCACAACAUUUAUUUUAUUCCGUUGUCGACGGUGAACUUGACAAGAAGAAAAAGGCGUAGUAUCGAUUAAACAAUCCGAAGAAUUCGAAGUUUGUGAAAAUGAAGAUCGUCAUUCAAGUCGUUCUACUCACAUCUUUGGUAAUUUUGGUAGCCUCAAACCUAUACGGUUACGAUUGUACCAGCAACUCAGAUUGCUUACAAACUGAAAACCUAGAAUGUGUGGAUCAACAAUGUGCUUGUACUCCCGGCUCCACACUGAACAGUCGCCAAACUUGUAGCAAAUCGUAUGGUGGACCAUGCCAACAUGUUUUGGAUUGCAAUAUUGACACAUUUUUAAAGUGUAACGACACAACAUCGACGUGCGAUUGCCAACAGCCGGAUCGUCAGAUAUUCGACGAACGGCGAGAUGCAUGUGUGUCUCUGAUUGGAUUUACGUGCUCCCACGAUGAUACAAUGCCAUUCCCUUUGUUCUGUGUCGAAGGUGCCUACUGUGACAUGCCGAUCAUAAAUGGUAGCAUGUAUCAUUAUUGUGAAUGUGCUACCGGUUGGGAAGAAACUGAGGACCUGAGAUGUCGAGUACGUGUUACGGGACCACCGAAUACUAGCCGACCCAAUUAGUGAACAAAAUUGAUGAUUGACUUGCACUUUUUUUUGAUUGUAUCGGUGUGUUAGCUUAAAAACGUUGCUUGGUUUUACCCUGUCACAUCAUUCUAAUUUAUCUUUAUAAAUGACAAACGAAAUACAUUUUUGCAAGACUUUUUUC